ACCAUACUUACCCUUAUCAAGUGAGAGCAAUUGAUAAGAGUCAAGCAUCGUAAACUCUUAUUACUCGUACCAGUUGCCUGUUGGCUACGUCCUUUAUGUGAGAUCUCCACCUAGCUCUCCUACACGUCUGGUUUAAGGAUCGGCGUUUUAUAUCUUGACGUCUUGUCCCAGAAAACGAGUGGCAAGACCUGACUGGGAGGUCGGCACUAAGCAGUCAGCGCGCCAUCACUACCAAACCAUCGAGCUGCCAAAGUCGCUGUUUUUGCUCAAAUAAUGUUGAAGAAGCUAUUGUAACUGCUGUUGUAGAAACUUGGGUAGAUGCAGAAGAGGCUGGUGGUAGUACUGUUGGAGACACUUUUGGACUAAUAUAGCUUGUAAAAGCUGUUUAAGAAAGCACUGUAGCUGCUAGGAAAGCCGAGGUUGCUGAAGGAGAAACUAAUUAAGAUGAACUAUUUUGAAGUUGCCGUUAUUACUGCAGUUGUAGAAUCUAUCCAAAAAUGAGUGCCAUGAAAUCCAAAAGAGAAAGCUUUAUCUACGAAAGAAGACGGUACUGUAUAUAAUAUAAGAAUUGGUGAACGAGGUGCCGGGGAACCUUGACACAAGCUCUCAAGAAAGUUGUUGGUGAAGGUGUUGGUCUUGAAGAAACUGCUGAAGAACUCCAUUUCAAAGUCCACUGGAUAUGACGUGACAACAGGAGUCGCUCUUGUGGAAGUUGCUAAAUUAGCAGCCAUUGGAAUUUAGAGGUUUAAGUAGACUCUGCAGUAGCGGGAUAGCUGGAGUAAUGGAGGCUGUGGUCGCUCGAGGAAGAAAUGGGAACAUGAGAUGUCAAAGAUGUAGAUCACCUCUUAAGCUCUACCUCUACAUGCUACUACCUGUACUAAUAUUACUGCUACCUGCCUUGACCCAAGCUACAGGUGAGAUGAUCAACAAUUCAAGGUUGGGGCCAGUAAAAUCCUUUAGGGAGACACUAGGAAAGAUCUGCCUGAGGCCACUGGGAGACCAGAGCACAGAGGCAGCAAUUCGGUUGGAAAUCAAAUCAACAUUCAAAAACAUUAUUACUACAGCCGGCAAUAGCACCAUACCCCCUGACCAGUUAGCACCCGACACCUGGCAUACCCUUAGGUUCCAGCACUCCAUUGUCAACUACAGACACUCCCUCGAUGUGGAGGUGGACAACCGCUCCAUCAUCUUUAAGAAGACCAACAACAAGAUGUUUACCUCUUCCUACAACUUCGACCAGGUCAGACUAUUCCUCAAGGGACGGGUGGAAGUAAGCGAUUGUUCACCCACAGAAGACCCAACAGUCACUACCAUCACCACUACUACUACUACUACCACAUCUACAACCACUACAAUGAUGACUACCUCCACUUCUGCCACCACAACUGAGCAGCAACCGACCUCAGGAAGCAACAUAAGUGGCCUUGAACAAGGCACCACUCAUGUCACCACUGGCACAAUGCAGGUCACCAUUGACACCAUAAAGAGUGACACUGGCUCAGAACCAGUAAUUUCUGGACCCAAGCCAGUCAUUACAGGCCCUCCUCAGAUGGCUACUUACCAGGUCCCUACCACCACCAAGGAAGAUACAGUGAUUGUGGGUGGUAAUCCAUGGUUACAGUCACUGGGGGAUAUAGGAGGUAUGCCCAUCGUGCUCAUUAUUCUGGUGAUUGUCAUUAUCGUAGUCAUUAUCAUUGUUGUAGUUCUGUGUUAUCGCUGUAAGCAGAAGCAAAAGCAAGAGACGAAUGGGAAGGAUCAACGGACUGCUGUCGAGUUCCAGCCCAGUUUAGACAGUGAAACGCCUAAAGCAACCUACAGUAAGCUUCACCCAGCACAAAAGGACAUGUUAACCACAAUGACCUCACCAAGUUCUCCCAACAGCUACCAGGGUCCACCCGCAUACACCAACCAUACCACCACCUUCAAGCCCAGAAAUCAAGUAAGCACUCCCAACUCACCAAACACCACCAAUGGCAACACAGCUGAAAAUAUCAAUACUCCCGUAAAUAGCGUCUCCCCCAGCACGUCCCCUAACACUCCAACAUAUAGCUUCCCCAAUGACACCGUCUAUCCUACCAUGUCUGAAUACCAAACAAGGCUCCAAAACUGAUAUCUAUUUAUCUAUUCAAAUCACUUUUACCACUGUGGUAAAGAAGUGACAGGCUAACAAAAACUCCCUAGCAGAGUAUAUUACACGAUGCAGGUCAAGUAUAAGUCAUUCUCUUGAGUCUUACAAAAUUAUAUUCUCAAUAAAAAUAACAAUACAAGAAAAAAAAUUCUUAGGUGUUUGUAGACAUAUGUAAUGUUGAUAAUUUUAUCAUCCAGAAAACACAAAAGGCACUCAUCUACAGUGACACCUCUCUUGAUGUAAGUUGUAUUGUACUUGUAAUAUGUAUUGUGAAGAAAUGUGUACAGUAAUAUUCUCUGUAUGUUAAAGUUCACAUGGUCUGAAUUUCUAUGCAGGUAUAAAAUGCAUGAGAAUUCACCGCAUUUACCUAAUGCAAUCACUGCAUCAAUCACUGACCACUAAAUAGCUCUAUUCAACUGUGUUCUGUUGUGCUGUUGCCAAUUCCUAUUUUUCAGUAAAUUGGUUAUGAAUAUUUAAAAUUAUUUACAGUGCAUGACAACACUGUUAAGCUUAUUGAUAUGUCUCAAACCAAUUAAUAUAUUUAGUCUUCAAAAUUCUUUUGGUGAAUUUUGUUGUUAACUUGAAAGAUUCACCAAAUCUAAAAUUAAAUCAUACAGUAUUCAGCAGAGAAAAAAUAGCUGUAAAAAUUUAUACCAAACUUAUCCACUUGAUAAAAAUUUUUAAUCUGUCUACUGUACUAUUUAUUGUUUACUGUAUGUGUACAUCUCUCUCAACUGUGUGUGUAAUGGAUCAAGAGAUACAAAGGGUCAUAGGACAAGAGAAUGACACAAGACAAAUGUAAUGGAUGACAAGCUUAUCUCUAGUGAAGUUUAUUUUGGCUUGAAAGGAUUGAUUUAUUGGUUUAAGACCACUAAUACAAAGUAGACCGGGUUGGGGUUGUGUUGGGAUAAGGUUGGUUGUUUCUUUACACUCAACUACUAAAUUUUACCAAAACAAAAUUGUUGCUUCAUAGUUAACUCAAUGAGGAUUAUUAUGCUCAAUUUGCUUGAGUGAAGGGUAGCUGGGUUAGUUUCUUUGGGUGACAUUAGGUUAGCUGGGUACAUUUAGCUAAGGCAAGGUUAGUGGGGCUAAGUUGCUGUGCUGAGGUUGUAUGUACAGUACAUGUUAAAUUUGCUCCUGGAAGCCUGAGUCAAACAAUGCCAUUUGGGCUCACUACAAAUCAAAUUUUGAAGACAUUAAAACAAUAAGUGCUGCUGUGUUGUGAGGUGGUAUUACAAGAGGGCAGGACAGUAUGGAAGAUACCUCUUAGUGUAUGUCUCCAAGAUCCUCAUCUUAACACAUUCAUCCAGUGCUUGUACAGUAUCAUUUAUUUUAUUUUCAGUUGCAGGAUUGAUACAAUUGUGUACAACACAAACUUUCCCUAAAUCUUUGUAACUCAUUCUUUCUACCUUGUAUCAUUCAAAAUACUGUACAAUAAAUUAUGUAAGAUAAGUAAUUAGAAAGUGAAAAUCUUGUUUUGUUACUCCACAGAAACAAAUUAACAGCAGCUGUUGAUUCUGUACUGUAAAAUGCUAUAUGCAGUACAGUACAGUAUCUUUAUUGGGCAAUAUAACAUUUUGACAUUUAGACCAAAUAUUUACUAAAGUUGCCAUAAUGUAACCUGACUUAGAAAACACUUUAUACUGUACAGUACAUCAAAUUAUAAUCGAAAUGUUUGGUUUGGUUGUCAGAAAUCUUGUACCAUAAAAUACUUAUUGGAAAACAGAUUGCAAUAUUAAACUAAAAUGUGACAAACAUUAGUCUGAAGUGGUUUCUUUUUCUCAGCACCAUUUUGUCACCUGUUUAAAUUCUUGUACAGUAUAUUUCUGCUUGCUAUAUUGAGUAAUGAAUGAAAGUGUUUUUAUGAUGAUUGAAUCCCUCAAGUUCAGUUUAUCCCAUAAGUUCUUAAAUCUGUCAACUUGAUCCCUGUAACACCUAUUACCUACAUCUUGAAUAUAGGGCCUUGUUCCAUCUUAUUCACAAGGCUAUAUUACAUUAAGUGUUGGAUGAGAUGUCAGGAGAAGUAGGGAAUGGUUUAAAAAUAUAAUGAUCCCAUACCGAAGAUGACAUCAAAUUUGUAGUCAUCCAGGUCGAGGUUACGGGUUCAAGUCAUACUUGCCUUAUCUACUUCUUAGGGUUAGAACAAUCUCUGUAACAUUAAGGCUAAAUUACUUUAAGUGUUCUGUGUUAGACUUAAAAGAUUAUCGUAAUAAAUACUGUAUACAGCUUAAAGUAAGAAACAUUUGCAAUAUUCUUAUUAUUUUAGAUCAUCCUCAUGCUGAGCACUUGGUAUAAGUAUCAGUUGUUUGUAGUUUGUAGUCAGAUAAAUGUUUUGUAAAACUAUUUUAAUCUUUCAUAUGAUGUGGGAAGAUUUUCAGUGGCAGACACUUAGAACAUAACUCAGAAAUGUAUACAGGUUAUACAGUAUGAACUUACAACAUUAAAGAGUGUAAUGUAUUUAGCAAUACAGAUUUAAAUAUCUUUCAUCACCUGACCAAAUUCCCCCAAUUAUUUCCAUUUAUCUAUCCAUUACCAGCUUAUUUUUUUCAUCUCCCACUUUUUGUUGAAUGGAUGAAGGCCCGAUAAUGAUAACAAAAAUAAUAAUAACAAUAAUAGCUGGUCUUUUGUUUCCCAAAAGCACCAGUUUUUCUAAAGAAUUCACUAGUGCUCAAAACACUACAAAGUCAAAGACCUGAGAAUAAAAAGAAAUACUGUACACUGUACUGUACUACAAUAAAAUAUCACAAAAAGUGACAA